GGGUUUUCACGGUAAUCUCGUGACGUCACAGGUGGCACGUGGAUGCGGAAGUGAGCAGCCAGCUGUUACAGGUUGACAUCAGGCAGGUGUUCUGGCACAAUACAGCUCCUCGGUCAACAUGCUGAAGGCGGUCAUUUUAAUCGGAGGUCCCCAGAAAGGGACAAGAUUCAGACCAUUGUCUUUUGAAGUUCCCAAACCAUUGUUUCCAGUGGCUGGUGUCCCCAUGCUUCAGCACCACAUUGAGGCGUGUGUCAAAGUACCAAGCCUAAAGGAGAUUUUGCUCAUCGGCUUUUAUCAGCCAAAUGAAGAACUGAACCGAUUCCUGUUUAAUGCGCAGCAGGAGUUUAAAAUGUCCAUUAGGUAUUUACAGGAGUUUGCAGCCCUGGGCACUGGAGGGGGCAUUUAUCACUUCAGAGAUCAGAUUCUCUCUGGCAGUCCAGAGGCUUUCUUUUUUCUGAAUGCUGAUGUUUGCUCAGCGUUUCCUCUCACAGAGAUGCUCAACUUCCAGAAAGAGCACGGAGAGCCAAACAGUUUUGUUAUUCUAGGGACAACGGCAAACAGGAAGCAGUCCCUGAAUUAUGGUUGCAUUGUGGAGAACGAGGAAACAAAUGAGGUUCUGCAUUAUGUGGAAAAGCCCAGCACGUUUGUGAGCGAUAUUAUCAACUGUGGUAUAUACCUGUUUAACCCAGAGAUCUUCCAGCACAUCGGCGCCGUCUUUCAGAAGAACCAGCAGGACAUGUUUCUCUAUCCAUACGAUGGAGAGGAGCCAACCAACGGCUGGCACAGAGCGGAAGCCAUCAGGCUGGAGCAGGACAUAUUUACUGCCCUGGCUGGACAGGGCAAACUCUACGUCUACAAAACUCUCAGCUUCUGGAGCCAGAUUAAAUCUGCAGGGUCUGCAAUUUAUGCCAGUCGAUUGUACCUCAAUCAAUAUCACACAACUCACCCUGAAAGACUGGCUCCUAAUAAAGAGGGAGGACCCAAAAUAACUGGUAAUGUCUAUAUUCAUCCUACAGCCAAUAUUGAUCCCACUGCUGUGUUAGGUCCCAACGUCUCCAUUGGCACUGGUGUUACUAUCGGUGCUGGGGUCAGAGUGCGAGAAUCAAUCAUUCUUCAUGGUGCAAACCUACAGGAUCAGUGCUGUGUUUUGAACAGCAUUGUGGGAUGGGAUAGUACCAUAGGCAAGUGGGCAAGAGUAGAAGGAACUCCCAGUGACCCAAACCCAAAUGAUCCAUUUGCAAAGAUUGACAGCGAGACGCUCUUCAGAGAUGGAAAACUCACACCUUCUAUAACUAUUCUUGGUUGCAACGUGACCAUUCCUUCUGAGGUGAUCAUACUGAACUCGAUUGUGCUUCCACACAAAGAUCUGAACCGCGGCUUCAAAAACCAAAUCAUCCUUUAGUAUCUGCUUCACUUCUGUUCCCGUCAACAAUGAAGGCUGCUGCUGGCCAAGCCCUGGCUCUGAUGGAGAGUUACUGUACAUAAGAUGUUUAAGAUGGAUAUGAAAAGCCUUCAUUAAACUGUUUUUGAAAAAUAGGUGUUUAUAUAUUUGUUCUUAAGAAUUUAUGCAACACUGGGCAGCCACAUGCAUGUUGAUUUACCUUGAGUCAUGCCAAUAUAUCAUCUCAAUAUAUAUUCUUUUAGGCUCGCUCUUCUCUCUGCAAUUUUCACUUGUCAACCUAAAUGUGAGGGGUAAUUCUUUAAAAUAAUAAAACAAAACCUCUGGUAAUUUGAUGUGAUCACUUUUUUCCAAAAACAUUGAUCGAAAGCUUUUAGUGGCUUCCUUGUUAGACUCAUGAAAUUGACUACCAUCAAAAAAAUCAACAGGAUUUAAGACUUGGGCUGCAAUCAAGUAGCAUUGCCUUUCUAAAUGUGGAUUUGCUCCACCUCUGUACCAUGCAUACUUAAACAGUGCCUUGGCAAUCACUGGAGAAGCUGCUCCAAAUUAUUCCUUCAGCUUCUUUAACAUUUACUUAUUAAGCCCUUGAGCUCUCGUGAUCACUUCAGCAGUUUUGUUCAAAUUAGUGUAACAAGAGUCUCUAUUAGAGAUGAAAAUUUUGGUGCUGGAGCAGCCGCGUAAUGAUUUAAUCAUGUCUGUUAAUGUACAGUAUUUUCCUGUGUUGAUUUGAGGUUUGUUUUUAUUAACUGUCUUAAUGGAGAUGGCUCUCUGUUGGCCUUUACUGCGGUCUGCAGGAAUCUCAUCAGCACAGAUCAAACUUAAACGUUAGAGGCGAUCCUAAAAAUCAUUACACUUUCAUCUCCUACAAUUGUUGAAUUCACACUUGAAGGUUGAUGAAAAUACAAAUAUAGAGCAAUUAUCUGUAAUGGUAUUGCUUGGAAAUCCUAAAUGUUGAGACACUUGGCAGUUUUUCUUUCUUGCAGAAUAAUGAAAUUCUUAAAUUAUAUUUUACAGCAUUUCUUCGGUUGUUUUUGCAAACUUUCUCUUCAAUCAGUAAUUCAUUAUUAAAAUUUUAUUCACUUUUGAAAUUGGCAAAAAGAAAUACAUUUUAAUAUAUUUUGCGACUGACUGUUUUGCAAUCUGCUUUUCUUAUUCAUGACACUGAUGGAAACGUCUGCAUCCAAACAAGAAUAUUUGCAGGUGGAUCUUGAAGUAGAAAAUUAUCAAAAUGGGCGUUAAUUUCUGUAAUUUGUUUCAAAUGUGAGUUACUAACUGUUACAUGAUAAUUAAGGUCAGAGGUCUGCAACUUGUGGCCAUAAAGCUGCAAAAGGCUCUUUAAACCUUCGACAGUGGCUACUAAUAACUUUGAACCCACAAAUGUUUUAGAAUUUGUUAUAACUAAUGCAGCUUAUAGCGAUUUAUUCAUGAUUUUUAUGGAAUAAUUACAUCAUUGAAUUUUUAGUUAUGUGUUGUUUUUUUUACUAUUUAUCGCAAAUCUCAACAUUACAUAGAAGAAAAUAUGUAUCCAUACUCUUUGUAAAGGUUUUUUUUUUUAAGAUAAAAAAUGAGUAAAUAUGGUUCUUUAACUAUUUUUCUUUGGUAGAUAUUUAUUAAAAAUUAUACUGUGUUUUUAAAGUUAACAUUCGCAGCUCUAAGCUAGUUUUAUUUACCUAGAAUGGAGGUAAAAAUGGGUUUUUGGAUUGUCAAGGUUAAAAACCCAUGGUGUAGAAGGCCAUGGCCCCACAUUUUUGUUAAACUCUAUUUAGUUUUGGUCUUAUGUGAUGUUGUCAUUUUCUGAUAAACUUUAUUUCUGGUUUCUAUUCGCUGUAAUCAAUACAUCGUAAUCAUUGAAGCACUUGAAAUGUGUCACUCUGUUUCAUGACUUGUUGAAUUAGUGAAGUAAUGUACUUUUCAAAGACCUUCUGAUUUAUUCAAAUGGACACACUAUGACCAA